GCGAACAUCGAUCACUACAUGAAUUGGGGAGAUGAUGAUGAUGACGAUGAGGAGGAGGAGGAGGAGGAGGAGGAGGAAGAAGAGGAGGAGGGCAUUGGUUCACGGAUCUAG